AUGAAGCCAGUGGUAGCCUUCCUCAGAUCUCAAGGAAUACGUCUGGUGAUUUACUUGGACGACAUCCUUCUCAUGGAUCAGUCACUAUCCCGACUAGCAUCCUCAGCACACCUCACAGUAAACUUGCUGCAUUCUCUCGGUUUCAUCGUGAACCAAGCAAAGUCUCAGCUUUCUCCAUCAAAACGACUAGUCUUUCUAGGCUUCGAGAUCCACUCAACCCCCUUAGCCGUGGCCCUCCCACUAGAGAAAGGGAUAGCCAUCAAAGCAGAACUGGACAAUCUUCUGCGAAAGCGGUUAGUUGCAAGACAGCUGGCAAGGCUGAUAGGUCGCCUGGCCGCUACCUCUCUGGCAGUCCUAGAGGCCCCUCUGCGCCUCCGGUCCCUCCAAUCCCUUCUGCAUGGGACACUGAAACGGGGUUCCUUCGAGACCACGAUUACGCUCACCCAAGGGGUCAGGGAGGAUCUGGGCUGGUGGAGCAAGGUCCUCCUAUCUCAUCCGUUUCGCAGGCUACACGACCAUCCGGUAGUGCAAACCAUUCAUUCAGACAGCUCUCUCCUAGGUUGGGGGGCCUGGUCUCAGGACCGAAUACUCGGGCGUCAGUGGUCCAAGGAGCAAGUCUGUCUGCACAUCAACGAGCUGGAGUUACUAGCCGUCUUCCUGGGCCUCAAGGCUCUGGUCCUGGGCCACAGUUCAGGGUGUAUUCUUCUUCGACUAGACAACAGAGCAGCAGUGGCAGCCAUCAACCGCAUGGGAAGUACGCGCUCCCCCCGCCUCAACAGGGUUGCCGCUCAGCUGUGGUCAUGGUGCCUGCAACGGAACCUAACAGUCCGAGCUCAACAUGUCCCCGGGAACCAGAAUGUGCUGGCCGACCAGGCAUCUCGACUGCAGUUCGACAGCAGCAGUUGGAAGCUGAACAUCCGCAUAUUGGGAGAGAUCAACAGUCUCUGGGGCCCAAUCCAAGUGGAUCUGUUCGCGGACCUGUCGAACUUCCAGGUGCCCCAAUACUUCAGUUGGAAGUCGGACCCAGGGGCAACAGGGGUGGAUGCCUUCAACCAGAACCCCGCGGACAAUUCCAGCGCUUCCAGACCUACUCACGAACCCUCAGGGCGUGGCUCACCCCCUGUUAGACCAAGGGCUUCGAUUGGCAGUGUGGAGGGUGUCCAGCGACCCUCGUCUCAUACAGGCCUUUCAGGAGAGGCUGCCGAGCUCAUCUCAGCAUCGUGGCGCAAUGCCACAAAACUCAGUUAUUCCUCUUGCUGGCGAAAGUGGGAUAGCUGGUGCAGUGCAAGGGCGCUUACUCCAUUUUCUCCCCCUCUGGCCGAGGUUCUGAACUUCCUGGCCCACUUACACUUUGGGGAGCACUUGGCCUACCGAACAAUCAAUUGUUAUAGGUCGGCUUUGUCUCAGGUUAUUGGCCCGUGUGAGGGCUACUCCCUCGGAGAACACCCUGCCGUAACAAGGCUGCUUAAAGGAGUUUUUAAUCUUAACCCGUCUCGUCCAAGGUACUCAUCUACAUGGUCGGUAGAAGCAGUCACUUCCUUUUUCAGUUCUCUAGGGGCCAAUCAGUCCCUCUCGCUGCGACUUCUAACUUAUAAGUUGGCUAUGCUGCUAGCCCUGACCACUGCGAGUCGCUCCUCGGACCUUGCCCUGCUCUCCUUGGAAGGCAUCCGUCGUGAGGCCUUAGGUUGGGAACUUCCCAUCAACGGGCCGCGAAAGACAUCCAAGCCUUCCAAGCCUUGGCCCUCCAUGUUCAUCCCUGCCCUUCCGCAGGAGCCCACCCUCUGUCCGAUACUCUGCUGA